AUGGGAAGAAAAAAGCCUCAGAAUAAAGUUCCUUCAACAACUUCAAGUAAAGUGGAGGUAUUGAGCAUAAUUGGCGAUUAUAAAAAAAAGAUUGAACCAGAGCUUAUAGUAUUUGAUGAUUCGAAUCUGAAAAAAAAUAAUGAUGCAAAUAUUUAUGAAUGGAAGGCAUUUAUGAUGAAAUCAACCAUCAAAGAAAAAGAGGAAGAAGAAUUGAAUAAACGUCACGAUGCUGAAUUAGAAGAAUUAUUAAAGACAACAAAGUUACUGGAUCUAUAUACCGCUGAACAAUUAAGUGGCAAAGAACUUCGAAAGCACAAAGAAAAACAAAUGAUUAAUCUUGGAGCAAAGCCACCGAAGGGGGAUAAAGUUCCAACACCAAUAGGGUUGGGCAUAUUACGCAAGAAACGAGAAAGGGAAACAAAAGAGCUCGAAGAAGCUAAGAAUCUCGGUCUCUAUCACCAAUCGAUUAAAAAUAAUUGGGCAGCAUCUGCCAAAAAGAAUAAUGUUAAUAGGGAUCGAGGAAUUGGUGUGGGUAUUGGUAAGAUAAGAGGUGGUAUUCUCACAUUGAGUUCUCAAGAUAUAAAGAGAGUGCAGAAUAGUAGGUCAAGGACUCCCGGGAUUGGUCGUGGUGGUGUUAAGAAG